UGUUCUUAAUUAAAAUAAACAUCCUUUUCUGACUAUUUUAAAAGCAAUAGUGAUCUUUAAAACUGUUUAUUCUCUCAUAGAAUUCGAGGAUUCUCUGAUGCAUGCGAUUGAGACAGGGGAUGUAGAAGAAAUAACGAAGAGACUUAAUCCACAAACUCUAUCAAAAUGCAAGACCAAUACAUUGAAUAUGGCAAUGAAGGCAAGCUUUGUGCUGCGUCGGAGAGCAGACAAAAAGGGACCAGACGAAGAAGAGUUGACAAAAUUGGCCAACUCUGUAGACGAGUUCUCUUGCGUGCUGUUAAAUCCGUUAAAGUCAGAUAUAGAAUUCCGCCACGCUUUUGCUGAUUCACUGGAUCACGUCAUGGAUGCUGCUAUAGAAAUGGAACAGAAAAAGACUUUAGCACAUCCAGUGCUUCAUCGCUUGAUGAACAACAAAUGGUUCGGUGAAUCCCGCACACUGAAGAGAUCGUCCUGGCUGACUAUUCAGUAUUGGAAAUGGUGUUUUCUUAACAUCUGGUGUCUGAUCGACGUGCUGCUCUUUCCAGUUCUCUUUGCCCUUUUUUACAUUAUUCACAUCUGCAGAGAUAAGGCAAGAAAAAAACGAAAUAUUGCCAUUGUUUUUCUCGUCAAUGCAACUUCUGAGGUCGCCAAAGAGGCGUUUCGUGCUAUGAAAGGCUCCAUGAAGUAUAUCAUCGACAAAUAUGGCAAUGAUCGAGCCAAGUACCACAUCAUCAUCCGACAUCCAGACGACAACAGCUUUCAAUCACAUGAAAUUUGUUUCAACACCAAUCAUGUCAAUGUAACGGCGCUUAAAGACGCGGUUGAAGAUCUUCAAAGGGGAAACGUGGUUGUUCCAGCUCUUCACAAGGAUCUACAGAAGGCCAGUGAAGCUUUCGAGAGCAACACACUUAAGAAAGACGCAGAAAAGGUCCUGAUUAUCUUGACGGAUCAUAGAACUUGCUUAUGGGAUGAAAAAGAUCAGGUAAUGGAUCAACUGACUGAGGUAAAGGCCAAGCAAGUAAAAGUUAUAACCGUCGCUUUUGGACCUCAUGCCAAUCUUCGGCAACUAAAGAAUAUUGACGAUGGAGCCGAUGUCCUUCAUUUUGGACAAAAUGAAAGUUUCAAGUUUGUUGGAAAGGGCCUUUUGCACAGUAAGUUUCCAAAAAAUACACGAAGAUCUUUUCAAAAACCAUGCGUACUCGUAUACACUUAGAGUUAUUAAUCUAAGCCCAGACCGAACACCCAUAUAUUACUUUGAUUUUUACUUUCGGUAGUCUUUUCGAAACCACGAAUACCUUUUUAGAGUAUAAACUAGGUACGACUGUUGACAGAGGUAUAAAUGACUGAACUGACAUAGGCCUGCGAUCGAAAGCCAAUCGUCCUUUUAACCUCUACAUAAAAA